AUGGUUAAGGUCAGUAGUAGACGUGGCAAGACACAAAAUGAGGAGACUGGAAUUGAGGAGUUUGGAAUGGAUGAGGUGGAUGAAUUUGCACAUAAAAGAGAUCAAGAACUAAUGGAAAAGGCUGGAUUAAAUAAACGGCACGAUGAUGAAGGGGACUCGGACGACGAAGAGGCUGUUGAAGGAGUGAUGGAUAUUGACUCUGAUGCUGAAAUUGAAAAAUACAAAAGAAAGUUCCAAGGGCCAAUCGAUGAAUCCGAUGAAGAAUAUUUCAAAGACGGAGACAACAAUGAAGAGGAAGAUUCAGAUUUAGAGAAAAAUCAUUGGGGCGGAGAUUACUAUGGUGCUGAUGAGGCAGAAGAUGAAGAAGAUGAAAGGCUAAUGGAGGAAGAAGCGCUCCGAUUACAGAAACAACACAUGGCAGAUCUUAAUAUGGAAGAUUUUAUGCUUGAUGAAGUUGAAGAUUGGAGGUCAGAGAAGAAAGUGGAAGAAGAGCAAGAUGAGAAGGAGGAUAAAUUGGAAGAAAUAUUAAUAAGUGGUGAUAAGAAAAGUCGACUAGAGAUCAUCAAGAAGAAAUAUCCAGAGUAUCUACCCUUGGUCACGGAAUUGAGACAGCUAAACCCGGUUUAUGAGCAGCUUAAACUCGAAAUUGAAGGAAGCAAUAUCAAGAUGAUUCAGUUUAAGGCAUUGAGCGUCUAUUUAGGUUCCAUUGUAUCAUAUAUGACUAUCUUUGCUAAUAAGUUAUCAAAGGAUGAGCCUUUUGAAAUGAAAGAUGAAGACGUUAUGGUUUCCAUACUGUCUGGUAGAGAACUAUGGAGACAAGCAAGUGGAUUACUAGAAGAGAGAGCUGGGAAAAGCGAUGAGGAGGAGGAGGAGGAGGAAGGAAAAGCUUUUGAUAAUGGUGGAUUGUCCAACCACGAAGAGGAAGAAGAGGAAGAAGAAGAAGAAGAAGAUGAAGAUGAUGAAGAUGAUGAUGAUGAAGACGAAGAAGAUGAUGAGCAUGAGGACCCUAAGACAGAAUCGGAAGACAAAUAUAACGAGGCACCUAGCUUUGAGAGUCUUCGGAAGAUCAAGAAACUUUCAAGUAAGAAUCUCGAAGACAUGGAUGAGAUCGAUGCAGAAGAUAAAAAGGGACGCAGGCAGAAUCUACGUUUCUACACCUCCAAACUUGACAAACGUGAUAUUGGAAAAGUACACGUCGAUGGUGAUAUGGACGCAGCUUACGAAAAUGACGGAAAACAAGUCAGACGUGAUUUCAAAACUAAAGACAAACGAGGUGGCCGCAAAGGUGGCCGCAAAGGAAGAAAAUAG